UCCCGGCAAAAAGUAUCACCUUCCUUUGAUAUAAAACGACUGAUCUGGCUAUUUGGCACUUGCUGCUUGUCUCGUAAACAAAGAAAUGUCUGCUUUAUCAUUUGAUUUCGACAAGGUGAUCGCUGUGAAGGAGGUUUCUCGCUCGCCGACUUCUUCAGUAUGGAAAGCAGAUAUCUCUGACGAAUGGAUGAUAGGAUCUGUUCCACACGGCGGAUAUAUCCUCAGUGUUAUCUUGUCUGCUGCGAGUGCUCACUUUGCUGGCAACCGACCAGAUCCCAUAUCCAUCAACGCCUAUUUUCUUCGUCCGACUGCCGCCAAUGUCCCCGCUAUCCUUACCGUCACCGACAUUAAAGCUGGACGUUAUUCAAUAGCACAGAUUAUAACAGAACAGGCUGGGAUUGUCACACAAUUUGCAACUGUCACCUAUGGGAACAUAUCUGAGGAGCAAGGUCCGACACGAGUCAUCGAUCCUGAUCGUCUGCCUCCCCCAUCCGAAUGCUUUCCUGGUAGCUUUGGCCGGCGUGCGCCUGAAGCACCUAAAGAUAAGCCACACAUUGGACAAAAGGUGGAGGUUCUCCGUGACUCGCAAACACUCUCAACCACAAAAGCCGAGCGGCGGCAGUGGAUUCGAUUCACUGACGGACGACAUCCAGAUUUGAUCAGUUUGGGUUUUUUCGCCGACGCAUCCGGCCCCCUCCUCACUAAUUUCGGGAAAGAAUGGCUAGGUGGAGAAUGUUGGUUUCCAACCAUGGAGAUCAACAUUCAGUUCCGCGCUAAACCUUCCACAACUACCCCUGGAAGGUGGAUUGGACAAUCUGUCAACUCAAGGUUCAUCACCAACGGCCGCCAUGAAGUGGACGUGGAGCUAUACGACGAAAACGGUGAUAUAGUUGCGCUUGCAAGACAAAUGGCUCUCGUUGUCCCAUGGGAGCGGAAUCUCAAAAAUGCAUCAAACACUGCUGCUCGCUUGUAAAAAAACUCUUCAGAUAUCGCUAUUUUUUUAAGUUGUUUCAUGGCAAGGUGCAUGCUGUCUCCUUUUACAUAAUAGACCUCAUCCUACAUUCCCAUAUUUCUGGGGACCUUUACUCUCAAUUGCAUCUCCUGGUUGUUCUGAUCGUUGCUCACCCGCCCGCAUUAGUCACGUUGCAGUGAUCGAC